UGCGCACAUAUUUGUUGGUUUAUUGCGUUUAUUGUUAUUGGAUUAUUGGGUGAGUUGAUAUGAUAAUAAAUAAUUUAUUCGUUUCACUUAAGUAUUGAUUUCUGGAAAUCUUGGCUAUUCUGUAAUAAUCAUCAUUCUUUGUUGUGGUACGAGGCAGUCCGCCGGUCUGCGCAGUUUACAUCGGUCGUCUCCCCCACCGUGCCACCAUGUCGUACAUGCUGCAGCACCUCCACAACGGCUGGCAGGUGGACCAGGCCAUCCUCUCCGAGGAGGACCGCGUCGUCGUCAUCCGCUUCGGCCACGACUGGGACCCGCAGUGCAUGAAGAUGGACGAGACGCUCUACAACAUCGCCGAAAAGGUGAAAAACUUUGCCGUGGUGUACCUGGUGGACAUUACCAAGGUGCCCGACUUCAAUAAGAUGUACGAACUGUACGACCCGUGCACAGUGAUGUUUUUCUUCCGCAAUAAGCACAUUAUGAUCGAUCUGGGCACGGGAAACAACAACAAGAUUAACUGGGCGAUGGAGGACAAGCAGGAGAUGAUCGACAUUGUGGAAACGGUGUACCGCGGCGCGCGCAAGGGCCGCGGUCUCGUGGUCUCCCCCAAAGACUACUCGACCAAGUACAGAUACUGAGUCGUGGGUGGCUAUCCUGCUAAUAUUGUCACCUGUGAAGGUGUGGAGCUGUAUCACUCAUCGUCGUGUAUUCGUCAUAACGUGUUGUCAUCGGCAUAUGCUGUGGGUGAUGGUUUGACGUCAACCCCUGAAUACGGAGAGGCAGACUUUUGCGCUGCAAAUUAGCGCUAUGGACAUGAUCUGCAGUCAUUUGUUUACAGGAUGUGUCACAGUUAGUGCUAAAUACAGAGGUGUUAAUGGUAA